UCCCGAAGUUGUAAAAAAGAAGAAGAAAACCCAGCAUACCAGACAUCACGGGUUUUGUACUUGGAAACUGAGACGGUGUCUUUGCUUCUCAUCCUGUUUGCAGAGCAGUGGGAGUGCAGACAUGUCGGGCAGCAGGCUGAUGAGAGCCAUCAGAGUCAGUGAGUUUGGAGCUCCGUCAGUACUGAAGCUAUGCUCAGAUGUUGCUGUCCCGCAGCCUGGACACAGACAGGUGUUGAUCCGUGUCCUCGCCUGUGGAGUUAACCCUGUGGAAACUUACAUCCGCUCUGGAUCUUAUGCCCGGAAACCCACUCUGCCAUACACUCCGGGCACCGAUGUAGCCGGAGUGGUGGAAACUGUUGGGGAGGGAGUUAUUGCAGUAAAGGCAGGUGAUCGGGUCUUCACCACAGCCACUGAGACCGGAGGUUAUGCAGAGUACACUGUUGCUGCUGAUGACAGUGUUCACAAGCUGCCUGAUGCUUUAGGCUUCCCACAGGGAGCAUCCAUAGGCAUACCAUACUUCACUGCAUACAGAGCUCUGGUUCACAAAGCUCGUGCCAAAGCUGGAGAGACCGUCCUCAUCCACGGUGCCAGUGGAGGGGUGGGUGUUGCAGCAUCCCAGCUGUCUCGUGCUCUGGGCCUCAGGGUGUUGGGGACAGCAGGGACACCUGAGGGGAUGAAGCUGGUUCUCAAUAAUGGAGCUCACUUGGCUUUUAAUCACAGAGAGGAGGGAUACUCAAACAAAAUCAUGGAGGCCACAGAGGGCCGAGGUGUCGAUGUGAUAGUGGAGAUGCUGUCAAACGUCAACCUCAGCAAAGACCUCCAGAUGCUGGCCUAUGGAGGGCGUGUUACGGUUGUUGGCUCCAGAGGUCCAAUAGAAAUCAAUCCCAGAGACACCAUGGCCAAAGAGAGCUGCAUCAUGGGAGUGGCCCUUUUCUUUUCUACACCGGAGGAGAAUAAGGAGUGUGCAGCACUGCUUUAUGCAGGGAUGGAAGCUGGUUGGUUGCGUCCGGUUGUCGGUUCCCUGUAUCCACUCGACAAAGCCGCCCAGGCCCACCACGACAUCAUCGAGUCUCCUGGAGCUGCUGGGAAAAUGGUUCUGACCAUAUGAUGAUAUACACAUAAAAUCUGCAGUUAACUCCACUAACUGACAAUCCCCAGCAGGGUUUGCUAACAGUUGUCUGUCUUUUCUUUAAAUGACACAUGAGAAAAUUACCACUAUGCACACUUUUAAUUCUUCAGUUAGAAAGUAUUUGUAUCAAAUGCAAACUUUGAAUGAAAGUGAAUAAAAACAAAAUCAUACUA